GUUUUACAGCAGAUAAACAAAGCUGCAUGAGCGUCUGGUAGGAGUAAACUAGCCUCUACCGAAGGAGUCGCAUUAAGGUGUGACUAUGGGGAAGUCUUUCUCCCACCUCACACAUCAAACGGGCCAGGAUGAUGGUCUUGACAGCCUGACAUCUCCUCUAGAGGACUCCCAGUCUGAAGAUGGCAAGACUGAGGAUGUCUCUCAGUUUCCCUAUGUGGAGUUUACAGGACGGGACAGUGUGACAUGUCCCACAUGUCAGGGCACUGGGAGGAUCCCCAGAGGACAGGAGAAUCAACUUGUGGCAUUGAUUCCUUACAGUGACCAAAGGUUGCGACCCAGGAGAACGAAGUUGUAUGUUACGGCAUCAGUGGCGGUGUGUCUGUUACUCUCCACUCUGGCGGUCUUCUUCCUCUUCCCCCGCUCCAUCGACGUGUCCUAUGUUGGAGUGAAGUCUGUUUAUGUCAGCUAUGACCAGGAGAGGCACAGCGUCUACCUGAACAUAACGAACACUCUAAACAUCACCAACAACAACUACUACUCUGUGGUGGUGGCCAACAUCACAGCUCAGGUGCAGUUUGCAAAGACGGUGAUCGGUAAAUCUCGCAUCAGUAACAUCACUGCCAUCAGUCCUCUGGACAUGAAACAGAUCGAUUAUAUGGUUCCCACCCUCAUUGCAGAUGAGAUGAGCUACAUGUACGACUACUGCACUCUGCAAACCAUUAAGGUUCACAACAUUGGUGUCAUGAUGCAAGUCACUGUUACUACAACAUACUUCGGUCACUCCGAGCAGGUGUCUCAGGAGAUGUACCAGUAUGUGGACUGUGGAGGGAACACCACCUCUGUCAGGGGGACCACCCAGACAUUCAGCGUCCCACACACUGCUGAGUAAACCCCCUCCCCACUGAAGGCUAGCCUUAUAGUAUACUGUUUCUUCCUUCUGCAGCACCUAACACACUAGUGUUGUCACAAUAUCAUCACACUAGGUAAAGGCCCAUUUCAGAAAAAGUCUCUCCCACACUUUUCUGCUGUUUGCACAUAGGUUUUUCUUAACUUUGCAGCAAAUUAAGUCAAAGUUUGUAUAUUUGUAUGGUGUUACCGGAUACACUGGCUCAGCAAGUAAUUUAGAAAUGAAAACGAACAUCAUCUCUCCAUGCCUUUGUUCACCAAGAUGUCAUCUUCACUUACCUUAAACACACUUUAUGUAUCUAGUGAAAUGCUAGAUGCAUCUUUAAUCAAGACAAAAACUCUUAAAUAUAACAUCAACUCAGUCUGUGUCUUAUGCUGACAUUUGGAGGGUGAAAACGGUCUUUGAUAUCUCAUGAUGCAAUUCUAAUUGAUAAGGUUUGCCAUGUUAAGGGGCAUAAUUGAACAUUUGUUGACAUUUUCCUAGCGGCAUGUUAUUGUGACAACACUGCUAUUAAUACAUUUCAUGUGUUUCUUUGUGUGAUACAGCAGUUUUGUUCUUAAAUAAGGGGAAGAAUCAAAAAGGGGCUUCGGUAGAAGAUGAAUAAUAAUCGUUGAAAACUUGACUGAUAUAUUUCACCACUCAUCAAACCAUAAUGCACUUUAUAUGUCUAUUUGAGAUGCACAGUAUAUUCAUGGUCCAAGUUCUCUGAUUUAUAUGAUAAAGAAAAAGCAGGUACUAUUGAGUUUAUGCAGAGCAAAUAGAGUCAGAUAUCUGAAGAGUUUGAUUUUGAUAGCAGAGAUUGACUCACCUCUUUGCCAGAAUCAGAUGGAAACCAAAUUUAAAUCAUGUUGUGGUUGCUCUUUUUGUUCAUUUGGCAUAACUGAACCAUACAUCAUGUCAAUAUCUGUGGAUCUUCUCUCCUUUGAAAUAUAGGUUCUGUUAAUUUGUGUUACUUUUGGUUUAAAAACUUUAAGAUUGUUCACAAGCCUUUGUUCUUGUUGUGUUGAAUUUGUACAAUCUGCUGAUUUACCUGUUGGAGUGUUUAGUUGUUGAGUUUUCCCUUCCACGGUGUAUAUAUUAGAGUGUUUGUUACCAUUGAUUUGUUAUGAACACAAACUUUCAUUCCAUUUUUAAUGCUCAAAGUGGAAAAUCAGAAUGCAGGAGGUUUCUGUUCUAAUGUGUUACAUUGGUCUGCCUUAUUCUUUUUCCUUCUCAUCCAGAAUCAGAUGCUGAUGUUUACUAUGUAAAAAAGGCCUAGUU